GUUGGCACGUCCACCUCCCCCCGCGCAGCAUCUAUUCCUCUUAUCUACGAGCAAGCGGCCAAGAUGGAUAUUGUAAAUCAGUUGGUUGCCAACGGGCAGUUCAGAGUUCUCAAAGUACCCCUGGGAUUCAUCAAAGCCCUAGAAUGGGUGUUUGCUAUUUUUGCUUUCUCGACGUGUGGGAGCUACGACGGCUCAUUCAGGAUGAGUGUCUCGUGCAAAGAGAACGUAGAAGAAAGUGACUUAAAAAUAGACGUCGAUUUUGAAUACCCAUUCAGGCUUCACCAAGUAUACUUCGAUGCCCCGUCCUGCAAAGGGAGGACUGAGAGGUUCUUCCUAAUUGGUGACUACUCUUCCUCUGCCGAGUUCUUUGUGACCAUCGCUGUCUUCGCGUUCCUCUACUCCAUGGCCGCCCUCAGCAUCUACAUAUUCGCCUUUGAGAAGUACCGCGAGAACAACAAGGGCCCGCUGAUUGACUUUGGGGUGACCUGUGUGUUUGCGUUCAUGUGGCUGGUGAGCUCAUGCGCCUGGGCUAAGGGCCUGUCCGACGUGAAGACAGCCACGGACCCAGACAAGGUUCUAGAACAGGUCCCUGCCUGCGACGAGGAUGCUGGCAACAAGUGCAAGGAGGUGUACGACCCUAGAAUGUCUGGCCUCAACACAUCUGUGGCUUUCGGCUUCCUGAACCUGAUCCUGUGGUUAGGGAACAUCUGGUUCGUCUUCAAGGAGACAGGCAUCGCCGCCCCCUUCAUGCGCGCCCCCCCUGCCCAGGAGAAGCAGCCAGCCCCCGAUACCUUCGGCCAGCCGGGCUACGGCCAGGAGCAGCAGUACAGCCAGCAGCAGCAGGGCUACCAGCCCGAGUAUGGCCAGCAGGGUGGAGGCUACAACCAGGGCGGCGAGUACGGCCAGCAGGCAGGCUACGCCCAGCAGGGGGCGCCCACCUCCUUCUCCAACCAGAUGUGAUCUAACCCAGCCCCAGCCAGCCAAUGAGGAGGGAGCUGGAGGAUGAAAAGAGGGUGAAUCGUGUGAUUCUGGGAGUGUGGUGCCUGAACCCUACCCACAAUACCACACUCUUCCCUGUCUGUCUAUUUGUGCUUCUGU